AUGUCAACUCGACCCUCUUCUUCCGCAUCGACCCACCGACCCAGACCUUCCUCUUCCACCGCUCGUUCCCCGCUUGAACAACUGGUCUAUUCACUUGUACCUUCCCUUGCACCUCCGAGGUCCCAUCGAGGUCCCAUCGAUGCGAGAUCAGGUAGAUCGUCCGUAGCUAGCUCCAGACCUGAUAGUAGAGCCGAGGUGGAUGAUGAGGUUGAGAAAGAAAGGAAAGAGAGGGUAAAGGAAUUGAUAGAAUGGUGCGAGGAAAUUAUGGAGAGUCGAUUACCAUCUUCAGCCCCUUUAUCAGCAUCAACACUUCCCGAUACGGCCAAGCGACUUCUCCUACAAUCUACCUCUCGCUCAGCUUCGAGCCAGAAUACCCGAGGUGAGAGUAGCUCAAGUGGGUCAGAAAGAGCUAUCAAGUUCGGUGGUAUAUGGAACAAGCUUGAGAAGGGGCGAUUGUUAUCAUCUCCUUUACCUCAUUUGCAAUUCCUCCUCUCUCUCUCCGAGUUCAAUCCCAACAAUGUACCCACCAAGACUCCCACCUCCAAUUCGAGAAACAGUCAAGCGAUCGGUAGCUCAUCGAAUCGAUCUAUGCCUCCUCCACCUGAACCUAUCACAUUUGGUUCGUCAAGAUCACCGUUGGUAGAUACUGGUUCAAACAAUAUUCCAUCAUUGGAUUUCGACGUGAAAGGGAAAAGUAAAGCGGAUGUACUGAAAUCAUGGCGUACCUCAAAGUCUCAAAAACCUUUCCCUCCUCAUUUACUACUCCGAGAUACCCUCUACCUCCUACAAGGCAUAGAUGGUCGAUAUGUCCGAUUCGCCCUUCGUCCGCCAAAGGAGCAGAAUCCAUAUCUCACCGAAAAAGGGAGAGCAGGAGAAGGUGCAGGUUUCCCGCUGGGAAAGGAUGGCUCAAUACCUCAAGGGGAAGAUGAAGGGGAAGAAGGCGAGAUAGUAGGAAUUGAAAUUGUAGCUGAUCAGAAUAAGGAUGGAUAUAUAUCUAAACCAACUCAGACGAUAUUGAUGCAAUUGUCGGAGAUGGGUAUGUUAUAUAAGCAAGUAACGGAUUUCAUCAAUACGAGACAAGCUGGAGAAGGGAAAGGAGGCAUGACUGAACAGAGUCUAUGUCAUUUUCUUCAUCAUGAAUUAUCGGAAUAUCAUCGAUUACUCGCUGUGCUGGAAUCGCAGAUGAACCAGACUUCGGCUACGGAUACUGAACACCCUGCUGAAGGAGCUGGAUUAACUUUGAUGAGGUUGGGAUUAUGGACGGAAGAAAUGAAGUUGAAAUUGAAGCAGAUGAAUCUUGUGGUCGCUGAGGCUAAGAAGGUGCACGGAGGAGCGUUAGUAUCCAAGAUACAUAAACAUACCAAUCAUGGUGAUCCUCUCAUACGUAGAUUUACCGAUCAGAUACUUGAAGAGGUAUCGAAACCAUUCUUUGCCACUUUACAACGAUGGAUCUUCUCCGGUGACCUUCACGAUCCAUUUAACGAGUUCUUCGUACAGUUGAACCCCGAAACCAUAUCCCUUCGCGACGGGAGGAUAUCACCCGCUGGAGAUGUAGGAUUCGAAAUUGGUAUAGAUUCCGCAGGAGGUACGGACGAAGCUCAUAGAGUGUGGGAAAAGAAAUAUGUCUUUGUGAAAAGUAUGGUUCCAGGUUUUGUCAGUGAAGAAUUCGGCAAGAAAAUAUUCUCAACGGGAAGAAGUUUGAAUUUUAUCAGAUAUAGUUGCGGGGAUAGCGAUUGGAUCGAAACUCAGGCUAAACUUGCUAAUGCCGGAAGAGCACUGAAGUAUAGUGACCUAGCAGGAUUGGAAAGAUCGAUUGAUGAUGCUUAUUCAAUAGCGAGCCAAAGGCUAUUAGAGAUAUUCUUCGAUAAAUUCGUACUGCUAGAUCAUCUAAGAGCAUUAAAAUCGUAUCUCAUGCUCGGUGCUGGUGAUUUUACAGAACUUCUGAUGGAAGCUUUAGCUCCCCGUCUAUCCAAACCGGCAAUAUCACUAUAUCGCCAUCAUCUAACGUCCGAUCUCGAAUCCGCCAUCCGAGGCUCCAACGCCCAAUUUGACGAUCCCGAUAUUCUGAGAAGACUAGAUGCCAGGAUAUUAGAGUAUUCUCAUGGUGAAACUGGAUGGGACUGUUUCGCAUUGGAAUACAAAGUUGAGGCUCCUCUCAAUGCCGUACUGGAUGGUAAAGCGAUGUUGGAUUAUGAUAGAUUGUUCAACCAUCUUUGGAGGUUAAAGAGGGUUGAAAAUGCUUUAACGAGUGGUUGGAUGAGGGUAACGAGUGGUUCGAGAAUGUAUGAGAAGAUACCUGGCCUAAGUAACGAUUGGCACCAUUGUCGGAUCGUCCAAUCGGAGAUGGUCCAUUUCCUAAGAAACCUUCAGGCAUUCUACCAACUGGAAGUGAUCGAAUGUUCGUGGCAGGCAUUUAUCGAUUUCACCGAGAAGAGAGAAGGCGAUCUGGAUGCUUUAAUAGCUGCUCAUAGGGAGUACUUGGGUAGGGUAGUGAGAAAAGUCUUGUUGUUAAGUAGUAGAAGGGAUAAAGAGGAGAUUCUAUUGGAUGCAGUCAGAGAUGCGCUGGACUUCAUACUUCAAUUUAGGGAUGCUACUGAUGACCUCUACGCUUGGUCAUUAGCUGAAGCUACCAGAUUAGAUCGCGAGCGAGAUGCAGAGAGGGGCUUAUAUACACUGCCAACAACUGAUUCACCCACCCUGUCAUUCAAUCAACUAUCCUCAAUUAGACAACGUAUAAAAACCUGUUCGAACUCUUUCCAAGAUCGGUUGAUCUCGAUAUGCCAUUUGGCAGGUAGUCAUACGGACCUGGAUGUUAGGUUCUUGGCGAUUAGGAUAGCUUGGAAUGGGCAUUAUAGUUUGAGGAAAGGUAGGAAUGCGACGACGAGUAGUCAUGCUGGGGAUAGGGAUAGAGGUUCGACGAGGUCGAAUAGAGGUUAG